AUGAAUAUGAAAUACUCGUUUACAACAGCCAUGGACGAAGAGCAUUCGUCACGCACUCAGAAGAUGGGUGUACUUGGAGCCACCUCUUACAUUAUCGGAAACAUCGUCGGUUCGGGUAUCUUCAUUACACCAACCGCUAUUCUUCAAACCACUGGUUCAAUCGGACUGUCGCUGGUUAUCUGGGUGGCGGCAGCCUGCAUCUCGACGCUGGGCUCGUUCUGCUACGUCGAACUGGGCACCAGCAUCCGAAUGUCGGGUGGAGACUUUGCCUACAUGUGCUUCAUGAAAUGGUACCCGAUAGCGUUUGCCUUCAUGUGUAUCGGUUGCUCCAUUAACUACCCAGCUACUCUUGCCGUUCAAGCUCAAACUUUUGCGGAGUACAUGUUCCAGGGAAUCGGCAUCGAUCUCGACCCGAUUUCAUCAUUUUGGUCCAAAAAAUUGCUAGGAUUUUCAUUGAUGUGGUUGCUGCUGUUUAUGAAUUUCUUUUCGUUGAAAACUUUUGUCUCUCGGUUUCAAGUAGCUGCAUCGAUUGCUAAAUUCGCAUCUACCGGUCUGGUUAUUGGCACCGGGUUCUAUAUGCUUAUUUUUCAAGGUAAAACAAAUAACUUGCAAAAUCCCUUCUCCGGUUCCAACUUGAACAUUGGAGCGAUUGUAUCGGCGUUGUUCACUUGCCUGUUUUCCUACGACGGAUGGGAUAUUCUCAAUUUUGGAGCGGAGGAAAUAGAGAAGCCCAAACGGACGAUGCCAAUGGCGAUCGUAAUCGGCAUGUUGUGUGUGGCGCUCAUCUUCAUUGCUGUGAACAUGUCCUACUUCGUCGUGCUCUCUACAAGUCAAAUUCUUAGCAGCGAAGCCGUGGCGAUGGUUGGUGACUGUGAGCGAAAAAUCAUGUAA